AUGGCGGCCGCUGAGGCGGCUGAGGCGACUUUUCGUCGUCGCCGGGCUUCUUCCCGAACCCGCCAAGCCGUCCUUUGGACCCGGGCUCGGAGCCUUUGCCGUCGGCUCCGGGCUCUGCAAGGCCAGCAGGUGGAACGGCAUGUCCGUCAGCAGCUGAACGGCUUGGUGGGCCGAAGCCGGGCGCGGCCUGGUCGGAGCGGCGGCGGGGCCGAGCUGAGGCGGCUGGCGGCCGAGGCUCAAGCCCGGCUCCGGGCGGCCCAGCGGGGCUGCGACUCGGACGCCACGGAGAGCGCCUCGGCCGCCUCUUCUUCCUCCUCCUCCUCCUCGUCUUCCUCCUCGUCCUCGUCCUCUUCUUCGUCUGGCUCCUCCUUCGGGAACUCCUCGUCCUCCUCCUCCUCGUCGUCCCCCUCUUCCUCAGACAGCGAGGGCCCCGAGCCGGGCCCCGGACUCCGAUGCAACGCCGGGGUGGGGCGCCGGCUGGCACAGCGCCAGUGGGCGAUUGAGAGAGCGGCCAUCAUCUGUCGCUGGACAUGGCUACAAGCUCAAGUGUUGGACCUGGAGUAUCGGAUAAGGCAGCAGACCGAUGUUUACAAGCAGCUCCGUGCCAACAAGGGCCCAGUUAUCCUGGGCAGCCUCCAGCAGGAAGAUGGGCUGAAGCCGCCGAGCCGCCUGGCCCCCCCUGCAGGGGUGAUGAAUUCCAGGAAAACCCCAGCACUGCCUCCCUCCUCUCCCCACCUGAAGGUGCCCGGUGGAAUAUCGCCUUGCAUCCCUUCUUAUCUCCUCCAAAAUGCUGAAAAACAGAAUUCUCACCUCGCCCAAUCUUUAAGGAACCUGGUCUGUCAAAAUCCUUCCUGCACCCCCAUCAACGGGUCUCCGGAGCCCCCCAAAGCUUGCCCAUCCCCCCAUCAAGUCAACGGAAUUAGCAACUGGUGGGUUAUAUAAGAUUUCAGUUGAUAAAAUUUAUAAUGAACAGAUCUUUGUGGUAAU